CCGGCAAUCAGUCAGUCAACCACGACUGAUGCACUGGCUGGCAAACGAGCACAGGAUAAACGCGCUCUAGCGAAAAGAAGCCUCAUACAGAAGUACAAUCUCGAGCACGGAUAUGACAAUACACUGCGCAAUCCUAGUGUGGAUGAAAGAAGACGAAGCAUCAGUCUAGAUCCAGAACAAUGGUUCGAUCAAGUCACAGGCUCUGGAGACAAGCAAAAAAAGGACGGUGCGUUCCAGAAGAUGAAACGAAAAUUCAGUAAAUGGAAGUUGACGUCCGCCCGAAUGGAUUGACCACGCCCGCGAAUACAUCGUCUUUUCAUUCCAUAUAUCAGAAUUUUCUUUUCUUGUUUCUCUCCUUGUAUUUUUCACAUUCCCCCAAUAAAAAAUUUCUGC